AUGGAUAUUACUACGAUUCUAAACAAAAAAGGAACAGCCGCCGUUGCAGCUGCAGAGGCUCAUCUACAACAACAUUUAGUCCACGCCACUCAUAUGAAAUCAAAAACGCCUUCAGAAAUAAGUUCUGAACACGGAACGCCCCAGAAUGGAGAUCAGUCGAAUAUUUAUCAUCCUACCUCACAACCCAACCCUCAACUAGUUGGUUCCUCGAAAUACCAUUCCCAAUCACAAGGGCACACAGGGAUUGCUCCCGUUCGAUCUGACUAUGUUCAGGACGGCCAGGGAAUCGUCAAAUACCUCCAAAAUGGGAGCGGAGGCAAUGGAAGGUCAAGUGGAGAACCUGUCCCCAAAACUUUUCAUUGUUCAACAUGCAGUAAAGGGUUCGCUCGUCGGAGUGAUCUUGCUAGACACGAGCGUAUCCAUAGCGGAAUCAGGCCCCACGUUUGUGAUUGGCCAGGUUGCGGAAAGCAAUUUAUCCAGCGGUCUGCAUUGACCGUUCAUACACGUGUUCACACGGGGGAGAAACCACAUAUGUGCGACCGAUGCGGGAAGCCUUUCAGUGAUUCAAGCUCCCUUGCUAGGCAUCGCAGGAUACAUUCUGGAAAACGGCCAUACAAAUGCCCAUACGCGAAUUGCCAAAAAACCUUUACACGUCGGACGACUUUGACACGACACCAGAAUCAUCAUACUGGGACGAUCGAGGAGGCUGCGGCCGAGACCGAAGCCAACUUGCGCCAAAACAAGGAGAGAGCUGUUCGUCCACCUGAUGGAAUGUAUUCAGAGGCUGGUUCCACUCAAUCGACGCCUUCUCCAGGUCAACGCCAUUCUUUAUCUCCCGGAAAUGAAUUACCUCCCAUGUAUCUACCUCGCCAAAUGAGUGAUUACUAUAUGGGUAAUACGCCGAUUCCCGCACACCUGCGAGGUGACUUCCAGCAAGCCAGCCCACGGGCGUCUCCAUCUACCUCAUCGCCUCCACUUUCCACAUACAGCAGUGUGCCCCACGCUCGACCGUCCAUGACAUCCCACCCAAGUGGAUACGGACCACCUCAGCCGGUUGAACCUCCAGCAAACAGCGAUCCCCGGCCAAACAGCGUAGCUGGAAGCCCACACAUUACGAGCAUGGGAUGGGCAUCACCAACUCUUCACAGUAUUGGCUCACCGGAUUCUGCCUCAGCAACCGAAUAUUCAUACCCAGAACCCUCUGCUCCUUCUUACUCAUCUCAAAUACCGCCUCACAUGUAUUUUCCCAACUCGACAAUACGAAGGCCACAGAGUACCGAACCGGAGAACUAUGAGCUGAAACCCAAACUGAAUGGAGAUUCAUGGACUACGCCUGUUUAA